AUGGGAUUGAGCCCUGGGGCCUGACAGCCUCUCGCUGCAGAAGAGGUACAGCAUGAACAGCUGCAAUGCAAGUUUCCUGGCCCUGCCACAACAAUGCUCUUCGUUCUUGAUCAUCUCUAGGGACAAAAGGGUAGUCCUUUCUCCACAUCUACCCCAUGCUUUGGUUCUCUGCUGCCAGGACCAGCUAGCAUCAUGGUUUGUAUGGCAUCUUACCACUGAGAACAGGACUAAAAUCACCCAUGUGUUUCAUCUAGACCAGAGUCAUCAUGUAGGAUCAACAUUUGGUCAUUGUCAAACUGGGCCAGAGUUCAAGUAAUCGAGAGAGAAAUCCUGUUACCCAUAAACUUUAGCAAUCCGGUCCCCUCCCCCUUUCUUCCCUCCCUCUUUCUUCCCUGUUUACAGCGUAUUGCAUUUCUAUUUCAUUGACCAUCCUUGCAUUGUAGGACAGGGUAAACAGGAGCACUGAAUGGCCUUGGUAACAUUCCCUGGGCUCAGCUGGUGAAAACUGGUAGAACUCCACUGAAGUCAAUGUAGUGAUUACAAUUUAAACUUGCUGAACACUGGGUCCGUUUAUCGAAUCACAUGCAGCUCUUCAGAAUGAGAAGGGUUAAUGUAAUUGUAAAGUAGGAUGGGGAUUCACAUGGAUGUGACUAAGUCCUUCUUUCAAACAGAAUUAGGAAAUAGACAUUGAACAGAAAAAUCUCAAGUGACAAAUCUGACCUGCAGCCUGCAGAUGGAUUGCUGCUGUCCUUUCAAACAGUGUGAGGAAUGUUUUUUCCAUUACAAUUAAUUUAGCUUUUUCAAAGUCACUGUAUCAUAUGGCAGGUAAUCAAAUGACCAUGACAGCUAACCCUUACAUGCCUGCUGUGAAGCUAAACAUGAGCUGUGAUGUUUGGCCCUAGAGCCACAUUUCCAGCAUCUGGGUUGGGCUCAUCUCUAGUCAAUUCUUUUCUUUUUCCCUACAAAACUCCAGGCCCUCUUCUACUAGUGUGGAUUUCUGGAAGCUGCUCUCAGAUUUGUUAUAUACUUAUUCCAAUGUACCACGUUCACUGUGGAAUUGGCACUGUAAGAGAAUAAACACCAUGGACUGUGUCCUCUCUCUGCCUCCUCCCUCCUUUGAAGUACCAGGGCACAUGAAAGCCACCGCUGCAUGAGCUACAUCCAUCAUACAGCACACACAAAAAUCUUUAGCCUGCCUUUUGAUAAUGACCAUAGACAACACUAGGACUCUUUCGUUGAGCCCUGGUGCAGCCUGGGGCUGUCUGGAUCGUCUCUCAUUUACAAGUAAACAAAAUCAUAAGUUGAGCUUGGCUGGCAUCCAGUCUCCUUUCCCCACUUCCCACAGCUGCGUGCACCACCUCUGCUCCAAUCAGAACUCAAAAGCCUCCAUGUGCUGGAGCUGAGCUCGAGCCCUUAAAUAGCUCUGUGAUGAGGAAACAGCUGUUAAGGUCCAUGGAUCAGAGAUGCUGCCAUAAGCUCACCUGCCAGACCCCUUUCUCUCCUCCUGCUUUCACAGCAGUGGUACUCUUCACCAGAGGCAUUUGAUCCCUGUCGUUUUCAUCUGGGAGCUGUAUGCUCGAUAUCUCUGGCCAGCACGCGAACAGCACAGAGCAUGGAGAUUCUGGGAAGGUGUGAGUCCUUUUCCCUCUGGAUAAUUGUGUUGUCCUUUGGAAGGGUUCUCUCCGUGGAUUUCUCUUACCUGGGAUCCUCCCUGAGCCUGCAGUCCUCCUUCCAGGAGGACAACACAACACAGGUACUUUUAUAUUACCGAGGGAUUGCUUCUCCUUGUUCCAGUACCGAAGAUGGGAUUUGCAGGGCUAUGAACUGCACUUCCAGGAUCCCCGCUGCAGGUUUUCAGAACUCCACAGUCCCGUGCCAGCUAGAGGGAGAGGCGGCCAUCUUCCCUGCUUCCCCAGGAUCCUUCCCCAUGAGACUCUCCAGCUGCUGCUGGUCCCAGACUGUGCUCCCUCCCAAUGAGGAUAACAACUCCAGUGUCCAGUUUGAGAUGGUGAUGACUUAUACCCUGGGUGCUCGCUCUGAUACAGGAUCGACAAACACCUCUCCGCAGACGCCGCUGCCGCCUCCUCUCAGAGUUCCCCAAAACUGUGCUACAUUCUAUAAUCUGAGCGUCUCAGACCAAGAUGGGGAUGUAGUGAGGUGCCGAUAUGGGCGUCGAGAGGAGCUUGCCUGUGCUUUCUGCAAGAAGUACCCUUUUCUGCAUUUGGAUGAGGAUGGAUGCACCCUUAUGUACGAUGGAAUGGGCUCCGAAGGCACCUACCCGGUGGAGCUGAUGGUGGAGGAUUUCCCCAGGAAAACGGUGGUCCUGAAAUUUGAGGAUGGGAUGCAUGAGAUUCAUUCAUACAGUGCUUCAGGACAGGGCUGGAAUGAAGCCCUAAGUUCUGUCCCACUUCAGUUCACCUUAACAGUGGAGAAGCCAGUAGAUGACUGUGCCUUUGGAAUUAGAAGGCCAAUAUUUAUCAGCCCAACCCCAAGCGAUGGGGACAGGAUCAGCGUGCUGCCCUAUGAGGACGUUUCCUUCACAGUGAUGGCUGUCAGCGCAGGAGAAAGGAUGGCGGACUUGCAGGUUCUGGGUCCUUAUGGGCUGCACACAUUGGGUCCGUGGAUGGCAGACGAUCUCUGCACUGUGUCUGUGAAUAUCACCUGGGAGAGCACGAACCCUGUGAGAUUGCGCCAGGUUCCUGUAUGUUUUGUGGCCAGCACAUUGUCUGGAUUACAGUCUGAGCUCAGAUGCAUUUGGAUUGUGCAGAAAGCUGCUGAUUACCCACAGGGCACAGUUCUGCUGUGUCUUGAGGAUCGAAUGCAGCUCUCUGUUCCCCGAUCUAGUUUAGGAGACGUGCAGGAAAGUGAUCUUCAGAAGAAUAACCCUGAAUGCCUGAUCAGCAGCAACAGCACGCACCUUCUAGUCAAGAUCCCACUUGAUGUGUGUGGAACCAGGGUGAAGGAAGAUCCACCUUUCUUCAUCUUCACCAACAAAAUAAUUGGUCGACACCAAGGAGCAUUGUCCAGUCCAUUCAAGAAAACCCUGGCCAUCCCAGUGAGCUGCAAAUACACCAAACAGGAGGAGGGAGCUGGCAGCAACUACUGCCCUUUUGUGGGCCCCACAGAUAAAGGCUUUGGCAACUUCAGCUUUGAUAUUAGAUUCAGCACACAGACUGCAGGUGGGAUGAGAUCAUUAGAACAGGGGGCUUCCAUUAAUGCCAGUGUCAAUGACCAAUUAUUUAUCAGUGUGUCGGCCAAGAGCGACCUGGCUGAUGCCCAGCUGGUGGUGCAAUCCUGUCAGGUGCUAGGCAGCCAGGACUCUUCCAAUGGCAUCUUCAUCAUACAAAAAGGAUGCUUGAAUUACAAGGCAGCCAAAGAAGUGAUUCUGGAAGAUUCCAAGGACAAGGUGUACAGCCUCAGGCUCUCCUCAGUAGCCGACACCGUUCCUGAGGUGUUUGUAACUUGUGAUGUGAAGCUGUGUCGCAGCUUGAGCAGGUCCAGGCUAUGCCCUUCACGGUGCAGGUCCUUCCAAAGCAAUGAUUCGCCAUGGAAGAUACUAGAAACAAAGAUCCAUCGGAUCACUGCUGGGCCAAUCCGGAUCACCAAGGGCCCUUCCAGUGGUACCAACUACACUGCCUUAGUGGUUGGGAUAGUGCUGGGCUGCACAGUGGUGUGUGUCGUCUUUCUGCUGGUGAAGAAGUCCUUUGUGGGGGUGCCAUACAGGAAUGUAUCCCUAAGAAUAUGAGACUAUCACUGCAAAGGGCAUUUAAGGAAGUCAGAUGGUUGGGAAGAUUACUGCACUUGAAGGACACAACUGAAAAUUCCGAGAGAGAGCAACAUCAAAGUUUGUGGGAAUCCGAUGCUGAGCAGAUUGCUUAUUGCAGCAUUUCUGAGUUUGGUACGGGUACCACUGGUGGUACUAAGUCCAUAAUCAAGUGGUGUAUGGGUGCUUCUAGGAUCCACUAUGACACUGAUUAAAAAAAGAAUGUGGAAAACACCGGAUACUUGUGACUUUUAGAUGUGGUUUGCUUAACGACUUGUCUUCACUGCAACAGAUAGCUUAAGUUAUUCCUCUGAAGUUCGCCUAGCUCAAGUAAGUGUAACCACAUUGUGAAAAAACACUCAAGCUGCAC